AUGUCUUAUUCAUAAAAAAACUUUCUAAAUUAACCAUUCUACUCUCCAGCGAAAUUUGAGAAUGAUUAAAAGGAUUUGAUGAUUUCCUAAUUGAAAGCCGAAAACUUUGAACUUAAGCAAAACGAUAGGGAUUACUAAGAAUUAGCUACUCAUUUGAAAUCGUUAGAACAUAGAUAUAAUAUGUUACAUGAAGAAAAGAUGAGAAAUGAAGUAGAAUAUCGAAAUAGAAGUGAUUAGACAUUAAAGACUAUUGCUAAUUUGAGAAAUGAAAUUGAUAAUUUGAAAUCCUAGUUAACUGAAAAGCAUAUAGAAAAUUAGGAAAUGAAAGCAGAGAAUUUGGCAUUUAAGGAGAUAACAGAACAUAGAUCUUAAGAAAAUCAGAGAGUGAAAAAUGAUAUGGCUUUAUUGUAAGAAAACAAUAGAAAAUUGUAUGAAGAAAAGCUUAGAUUAGAGACAGAAUUAUAAGCAGCAAAAGAUGAAAGAAAGAGACUGUUGCAUGAUAGAGAGUUAUUGAAUAAUACAUAUGAAGAUGUAUUGGAUAAAUUGAAUGAGAAGGAAAAGUAAUUUUCUUAAUUGUAAACUGAAUUUGAUAAUCUUGAAAAGCAAGCCCUUAUUUAUAAAGCAGAUGUCGAAAAUAUCAAUAAUGAGGUUAAAUCUAAGAGUGAAAACCUCAAAUAUACAAGGAUGCAAUAUUAAGAAGCUCAGAAUUAUAUUUCGCAAUUGCAAAAUGACCUAGAGGAAUUACAUAAGCAGAAGGAGAAGUUUAAAUAGGAGAGUUUGCUUUAUCAAAAAAAUUACUAGCAAGAGGCUGACACUUGCAUGGAAUUAAAUGCCUAAGUGAUUCAACUAGAUCAAACAGUUAAACAUCAAGAAAAGACAAUAAUCGAUUAGAGGAAUGAGAUUGAGAGAUUGAAGUCGAUACAUAUGGAAUGUCUGGAAACAACGGAAGAGUUGAGUCAUGAAUUAGAUUAAGCCAAAAGGAUUAAUGAUUAAUUGGAACAUCAACAUAGAGAUGUUAUGGAGGAGUUGGAUAAGUUGUCAUUGACAGAGGAGUAAGCUGCAAUGGCUAGGGCUAGCAAAUACAAGGAAUUGAAGACCAAAUUGAUAAUGGGAACUAAGCAAUUAUAGUAGUUCUAAUCUCCAUUUAAGAGAUUUUCUACAAACAAAAAACCUUUGCUGAAAUAAUAUGAUUUUUGA